AUGUAUCAACCAGCAGAUAGAGAAAAGAUUGAACUAUACAUCUCAGCUCGUAAGCUAGCAAAUAAGGAUGUCAUUUCAGACAGUGAUCCAAAAUGCAAGAUAUUUUUGAGAGAUUUUAAUGGAGUCGAAAAAUAAGUUGGUCAGACUGAGGUUUUAAAAAAUAAUCUCAAUCCUGAUUGGAAAACAACCAUUUAAAUGGAUUUCAUAUUUGAAAUUAAACAGGAGCUUAGAUUUGAAGUCUGGGACCAUGAUGAUGGAAGCAUUGAUAAAGAUGAUUUAAUUGGCGUUGUUAAUACUACAGUUGGUGAGAUAAUGGGAUCAAGAAAUUAAGUUUAUAGUGGCCAAUUAAAAUUGAAGAAUAAGGCCACUGGAACAUUACUUAUUAAGGGGGAUAAAUUGAGAGAUGACAAUAGAUACAUAUUUUGGUAAUGGGAAGGGAAAAAAAUAAAGAAUGUAGAUGGUUGGUUUGGAAAUUCAGAUCCGUUCUUGAGAUUUUAUAAGCAAUCUGGGAAUGAUUGGUUGUUUGUACAUGAAACAGAGUUCUGUAAAAAUAACGAAAACCCACAUUGGAAAGCUUUUGAAAUUUCUAUGGCUAAAUUAAAUGGUGGACACACAUAAUAAUAAAUAAAGGUUGAAUGUUGGGACAACCAAGUAGAUGGUAAACAUUAAUUUAUUGGUGAAACUUUUUUCACAACUCAUUAAAUUGAAAAUGAACUCAAAAAGGAAUUUAUAUCACUAUCGAAAAAAGGAACUAAUCAUGGUACAUUUGUAUUAACUUAAUUUAAUGUGUUUAUAAAGCCAUCCUUCAUUGAUUAUAUAAAGGGAGGAGAACAAAUUAAUUUGAUGAUAGCUGUUGAUUUCACAGGUUCCAAUGGAGAUCCAAAAUCAGCCAAUUCUCUACAUUACAAUAGCCCGCAUCAAAUGAAUCAAUAUCAGUCUGCUCUUCAUCAAGUUUCAGAGAUCUUAUUAAAUUAUGAUUUUGAUAAGAAGAUACCUAUGUACGGAUUUGGAGGUCUGAUCAUUGGUAUUGAUGCGUUAUAUAAUCAUAGUUUUCCUUUGACAGGCAGUUUCCAAUAACCAGAAGUUAUCGGACUGGAAGGAAUUAUGGCAUAAUAUAGUGGGGCUCUAUAACAUGUCACUUUAUCAGGCCCAACGUAUUUCGCUCCUAUAAUUUAAUAUGCUUGUUAGACAGCUUAAUAAAAUGUGAAUCAUAAUAUUUAUUCGGUUUUAAUGAUAUUGACAGACGGAGAAAUUCAUGACAUGAAUUAAACUAUUCAAUUAAUUAAAGGAGCAGCACGAAUUCCACUUUCAAUAAUUAUCAUAGGAGUUGGAGAUGAGCAAUUUUAACAGAUGAGAACACUAGAUGGGGAUAAUGGUCCAUUAAAAGGUUCUUCUGCAAGAGAUUUGGUUUAAUUUGUUCCAUUUAGAGACUUCAAGUAAACAGGAGAAUUGGCAAAGGAAGUUUUAGCAGAACUGCCAAAUCAAUUAGUUACCUACAAAUAACUGUUGGGACUGUAACCAUUAAAGGCUCCAGAUGUUCAUCUUAGUUAAAUGAUGUGA